AUGUCGAUCCGCGUUGCUGUCGUGCUUGCCAUGGCUGCCGUCAUCGUGACCGCGCGGCAGCUGGAUCCAUCGGAGGCAGCAACGCCCCCGUCUGAGGCGGCGGCCUCUGACAACCAUGCACUCCGGUUCCCGGGCCGGCCAGGCAGCAGGCCACGCAACCCCAUCUUCCCGGGCUUUCCUGGAGCCAGACCGUCGCCGCCCACGUCCGGCUUCCCGGGCACGAGGCCAUCGCCUACACCAGUGCCCGGCGGCGUGCCUUCAGCGCCGGUGUCUCAGGCGCCUUGCCCCAAGGCACCUCUGGCGCCGCUGCCGGGCUUCCCCGGCAUGCCAGGCAUCAUUGGCUCUACCCCGUCGUCGCCGACGGACUGCGUGACGCCGCUGGCGGGGCUGAUGACUUGCGGGACGUUCCUGACGGGGAGCGAGUCGGAGACGCCGACGCCGCAGAGCGAGUGCUGCAGCGGGCUGGCAGCGUUCCUGAACACCUCAAGCGCGGGGUCGGCGGCGGGGGACGGCGACCGGACGCUGCGGUGCCUGUGCCCGGUCAUACUGGGGGACGUGAACAAGAUGCUGCCCAAGCCGGUGGACCCCGUCCGCAUGAUGUACCUUCCCAUCGCGUGCGGCGUCGUUCUCCCGCCACAGGUCCUCUUCAUAUGCUUCACUGGGCAGCCAACCCCGCCGCUCGUCAGCCGCAUUCCUGACGCCUGGGAGAACCCGUCUUCAGCCAUGUCACCUUGA